CUUUCCUUACUUUUUAUAUAUAUAAAAAAAAAAGAAAGAAAAAAAAAUCACAUUUACCGGGAUUUGUGCAAUAUUUGAUCUUAACUGUCAUGUUGUUGACCAAACUGUAUAUUGUAUAAACAAGUGACAAGUUGUUUGAAAGCAACAAAAUCACCAAUGUCUUCCAUUAAGAUAUGUAUAGACUCAUGUGCAUUAGCUUAUUUAGCGGGACUGUGGUGCCAGCACCACAGUAGCCAUGCAUGACCAGUAGUGACGCUUGCUUCAUGAAGAAUAGUGAAAUCCAAUUCUAGACUAAACUGGAGCUCAAAACUGUGGAAACCACUUCCGUAAAGUAGAUGACGGUAGAUUUACGUACUCAACCUUUUUGAUUUAACUACAUUUAGAUACAGCUUCGCUCUACAAUCUUAAAUGAAUGCAAGGUCUCCUUUUUAUUCCACGUUUAGGCUGUGGAAUAAGGAGCGUAAUAAAACCUAUAAAGUAUGACACAAUCAGGAUAUGCAAGUGUUAAUAUAAGUGUUAAUUCAAGUUUGUAUAGGCGGAUAUGCUCAAUAUGAGUACGCUAUUUCUAACAGGACUGCUGUAGGAUUCUUAUUAGGACAAAAGCUUGAGAGAUGUCCUAAAUUAUCUUUAUGAACUCUCAAGCACCAAAAUAAUUCGAUAGUAAUCAUGCGACAGUUAAAUAGCUCUCAAAAAAGUCCCAAGUCUCAGCUGUGACAUUGAUAGAAACCUUUAGAGGAAUGUUCUAAAAGAAUCGAUCUUUAAUCUUAGAUUUGGAUAGAAUUGGUUGGGGUCCGACGUUACGUUUCAGUCCUUAGAAUUAAGAUCUCAUCAUGACAUUGUAUUGUACAUAAUACCUCACAGUUUUGAGAUUCAGAGCGAGAUAUUUUAAUCCAUACAAUUGUAUUUGAUUAUAGUUUUAGAAGCAAUAACCUACAAUAAUGCAUGAGUUUAGUGCCAGGGUGUACGUGUUAAAAGGAGUCUCUCUCUUUUUUACACCUCCGGGCGGUAGCUAUCUUUUAGUCACUUUCUUUGGGAGCCGUAUAAUAUUUGGCUUUAGAAUACAGUAUCGCUUGUGAAGGUCUGGGAUACUACCUGCAGAACAAAGUGUGUGUGAGGGCAGCUGUAGCAUCGUGUUUUACACACUUACAUGUUUCUCCGCCUUGUAUUCUUUCAACACCAAAACUAUAAUGUAAACCGAUCGGUACAUGAGAGAUGCUUUGAAUUUAAAAUCCUUUGUAGCAUUUUUACAUCCCCCCUCCCCCCUUCCUUUAGAAAUGUAGACUUUCAGUAACUCUGUGGCUGCAAAGGACUUACUGAAUGAACUUGACACUUGUUUGAAAAGCACUUUCUCUCUAUGUACUAACUUGCACUGUCAUCACCACCAUCCUGUCUUGAAUACUGUGUUCUAAAAACCCCGUAAUGCUCUUUGUGGGGAUUUAUAAUCGCAAUUUAUAAACAAGUAGCCGUCUAGCAACAUGAAUAUAUGGGGGUUUAAAAACAACAAUAAUAUGCAUGAUUUAGCGGAAUAAUGAAUGAUUUGUAUUGCAUGCAAUAAUCCAACUUUGUAAUGUGAAUGAGUGUAAUUAAUUAUGUUCAUAUCAGAUGUUCUGUGACAAGGUGACAGCCUGGGGACGGUUGUUUGACACAACAGCAAGCGUGCUGAAGUAGCUUUGACCACCACUCGUGGUUUUUACAGAGUAAAUUGCACCGAAAAAAGAAGUAACGGAGAGUAGUUUCAAGUGUUUCUGCUCUCUCUCUGUUGUGUCGAACAUGACCAUGGCAGUACAGCCACAGUGCAGCUGAAAUACACUGAUCAGCCUUCGUUCCCAUGAAGAAAACAACUAUACAAAAGCUUAUAGGUUAAAUGAUAAAUGACUUAUUUUGUUGGUGAACUUGUCCACCGAGGAGGUGGACUGUGUAGAAACUAUGCACUCCAGAGGGAGGACAUGGGCAUGCUUAUUACAUGUGAGCCUCUUGUCUGGUUUUGUAUGAACAAAAAAAAAAAAAAAAAAGAAUCUAUGAGAAAUUCAGCAAUAAAAUGCAGCAUGGUGCCAAUUGGAGGGCUGGGUGUUGAUGUUUACUUACAGUUUGAGUGCUGUUGUGGAGUGAAUGACAUAAUGUACAUCAUCAGCAGUAGAGUAGAAAUGGUAAUGAAAAAAAGCUCAUUACCACUCUCAGGCUGUACGCUAUGGACCUGGAGGCAACUGGCGUAGCUUAGCAUAAAGACUAGCAGCAGGGCCAAACCGCUAGCCUGGCUAUUAUAAAGUAUAACAUCUUGGCUACCUGCACCUACAAAGCUCUCGAAUUAACAGAUUGUGUGUUUAUUAAAUCCCCUCAAAAGAAGAAAUGGGAAAUCAAAAGGGAGACAGUGAAAUACAAGUGAUAUAAUAGUUGUUGGGAGUUUAGUUUAUGAGACAGUUUUUCAUAUACUGUAUAUAGUAGAUAGUCAGAACCACUAGGCCAUUAAAACUAAGUUUCAGGGUAGCUAUAAACACUAGAUACUAAUGGUGGCCGAUACAUUUACGUUAGUUUUAGAGUGUUUAAACUGCACCACAAUAAAUCUGCAGACAUUGAUCCAAACUAAUGAAUGAGACCCAAAGAGCAUUUAUGUGUAUCACCGAAAAUUUUUAAUGGAAACAAAACACGGAGAAGAAACAACGACAAUUUACAACCCAAACUGGUCUACAAGAGGGACAGAGUAGAGGACACAUGGUUGAGGUUGUGUGUGCACACUACUUGAUGAAUUCACUGCCAACACUCCUGUCAGCCAAUCUGCUCUUCAUGUGUGACAUCUGAUCCAACUGUGCUUCAAACUGCUGCCUCACCUGCAACGAAAAAAAAAGACAAAUCUUCUUACAUACAGUCUGUAUAAAAUAUUGUUUUUUGGCCCAAAGCAUCCAUCAUUCCUGCCUGGAUUUACUUUACACAGUAGUCCUUUGACCCACUACAACAUGUAGGAAAAGUACAAAUUCAAAGGGAACUGGAUUUGAUGAAAUGCUGAGUGCCACUUAAUCAAGAGGCUUCCUCAGAACAGCUGGGGCUGAUGGGUAAUAGCGCAAAAUUAGAGCUCAUUCUCUUCAAGGGGACAAAAUGUGUCUUUUAAAAGGACUCGUUGUUUACAGGUAUUUCAUUAAAAUGCAUAAAAAUGUCUGGAUCAGUAGUAUUAGAUUGAAGUGAAGCACUGCAGUUGUAGGUACAGGUAUAAACAGUAUGAGAUGUGGUUGUGUCACCUUAUUCAUGCUUUCUCUGAGAGGCUUCAUAUCAAAUUUCAGUGAGGAUGCCGUCACCAUCGAGCUGCGGUUGAGGAUGUAACUGCGGAGAGAGAAAAUACAUUCAUACCAACAAUGUCCAUAAAAUGAAUCGGUGGAAAAAAAACAUGAAUUGGCUGUUUUGAUCCGUAACAUGAGCUUUAAAAAAAGCAAUUCAUGGGAUGAGCAACACUCAUAAAGCACCCGUUUACUUUAGCCAUCUAGACACUGAAGAAGUCAAUAUGCUCGUGUGCUCACGGAGGCAGCGGAGCUUACCAACUGAUGUUUGCUUUGUGGAGGAGAAACAUGGAGCGAACCGUGGCCAGACGCCACGGGGCAGAGUGAAUGACUUUCCCCACAGCACAGCGGCAGCCGCGACAUUUUAGAGAACUGUAGAUGCUGAAAGGAAAACCAGUAGGACACAGACAGAAACCGUUAACCUGUAAUCACAGUCAACAGCAUGAAGAGGUUUUAUGUGGGACUACUAGAAUUUAGAGCCUUUCAAUAUUUUAAACCUAAAUCUGAUAUUCCAUUAUCGUGUAUGGGGAUGUUAUGUUAUAUGCAUUACUUUAUUGUUUAUAUAUGUGUGUGUGUGUCCUUCGAAAGGUUGAAGACAACAAUGCUCUAAAGAUGUAUAUGCUAAUUUAUUUCAAUAACUUUAUGGCGAGUAAGUUUCAGGCAGGAAACAUAAUAGUAACAAAUAGUAUUUUUUAAACAUUAUUUAACUUUCCCCACAUGAGUUGGCAACUGACACUGUUUUUUUAAGUAUAUUUUGGAGCUUGUUUUUCUCACUCACCAACUAGUCAUUUCCCCUUUGUGUCCUGACUCCAUGGCAUCACUGAUGACCACAUCGUUGGUCACUCCUGAGGGUAGACAAGCAGCAAAGUAUUGAUUAGUAUCGUAUUGGGAUGAAGCAUGUGAUAAUCAGCGAUGUGGGGAGGGUACAGGAGCACAUAUUAGAAGUCUCACCAGGAAACAAAGUGGCAGAGAUAAAGACAAAACUACAUUUCUGCAGAAUGUAAUAUGUUUUUGCAUCUAAAAGAUAAAACAAUCAUAAUAAAAUGAUUUACUACAAACUAACUUUACUGUUAUUUGUAACUUUAGACAACCAGGCCAACCUAGUUAAUGUCAACUGAAGCAAACUUACUUAUACACACGAUGGAGUCCAUACAUUUAAUCUCCCCACAGAUGCCGAGGGAGUCCCCCAACACAGCGUGGCAUUGCUGACAGUGGAGAGUCAUCCGCUGUUUGUGUUCAGCCAUCUUUGCUGCGUGUGUACGUUGGAUUAUAAGGCUCUCGUCAAAUUCCAUGUCAAAGGAGAUUUACAGAGCAAAAGCUAGCUGGCUCGUUGUCCCGCUUGAGAAUUUGAACUCGGCUGCAGAAAGCUGGACGUCUCUUCCUCGUAUUUUACCCCCUUUGACGUGCUGCAACGUCAGUGUGCUCGAUGUAAACACCGCCACCACGUGGAGUAAUGUGUAAAUGCCGAUAUACUGGCAAAGAAAAUCCGUUUCAACAAAAUCAAGUGAUUAAAAAAAGCACAAUAAAAAGUAAAAAUAAUAUCUGACUUAUCUUACGCGUCAAAAUUCAAGCGAGAACGUUAACGUACUGAGAUAAGUGGCUCAAAUGUUACAUUACGUUAACAAUGGGCGGAACGCCAAAAAAAAAGUAUCUUCGCUCUGAUUGGCUGCGAGCUACAUCCGGUCACGCGCAGGAGCCAAUCACACGGCUCCCGCUGCUGUGUUUUGAAUCGGAGUACUUUUGAACCGUUAGACAACCACAGCUCGCGGUGCGUGACAAAGUAAACGUGUGUAUGCUGAUUUCUUCCUCACAAAACGGAAUAAACUAUCACACCGAGAUGGAUUUGGACUCCAUGAAAUAUGCAGAGUUGAGGAGCCUCGCUAAGGAGCUCGGGCUCAAAGCGAAUAUGAAGGCCGAUAAACUCCUGAAAGCGAUCAAGCAGCAUUAUAAACGAGAAAAUGACAAGCAGGAGGAAGGACAGCUACAAGAGACCGAUGUUACUACCGUUCAAGAAGACGAAAGUGUGACACAAGACUGUGCUCAGGAAAAUAAAGACUCAUCUGGCAAUGAAGACGUUUUCAGCCGCGCUGUGUUUGUGAACACACGCAGAGGCAAAAGAAACUGUACCAAGAGAAAGAGCUGGGAUACUGCAGCAGUGACUGAGAGUGAUGCCAGGUCACCUCCAAGUGCUACAGAGGGUGACACUGAAGUGGCUGCAUCUAGUCCACCCCGUGGUGCUAAGAAGAGAAAAGUGUCCUCUACCAAGGAUUCUGACAAAAGUGAAGCUGAGCCCCCGGCCACAGGCAGUGAGCAGCAGCCCGACAUUCAGGAUGAAGCACCCCUGCAGAGUGACACAGAAAAAGCACCCAAAGUGGCCAGAGCCGGUAAAAUCCCUCUUUUCCAAGGACGCCAGCAGAAGAACAAGCCGUUGUUGAAUCCUGUCACCCCGAACUUUAAAAAACUCCACGAGGCACAAUUUAACAAGAUGGAGUCGAUUGACACCUAUGUCCAGCGAAAGACCAAACAGAUGGAGACUUCCAGAAGUUCAACUAAAAAGCUGAAGAGGCUUUCAGCCAAAACUAAACCGCAGCAAGUUGAGGGCAAAACUCAAGUGAAGGCGAAUCAGAGUCGUGCUUCCAUGUUCAGCCCUGUCUCAGUGACCAAGAGACCAGCUGAGGACAGGCGCACGUUGCCCUCGGCCAUUAAAGCUCCUCCAAAUAAACCUGCAGGGAAGGAAGAUGCUCCGUUCAGACCAUCUGUCCUUUCCACUCGCAGGAUCAAUGUUCGGUUCUCAGAAGCCACUCGUGACAACAAGAACAACGGGUCCUCUGUGAAGACGCUGGCACGCAAGACGCUCUGUGUGACCUCCAGCACCCCACAAAAACAGCCCGCUGAUGGAGGAAGGCCCAGAAAUGCCAAGAUUUCAACUUUCUCUGCCCCAAAAUCUCCAGGAGCGUUUGUUUUCAUCGGCAACACAAGUACUUCAACAACCCCCGGAACACAAAAUAAGUCAGGCUUUGAUCUGAAAGCCAGUCUUUCUCGUGUCCUCGCCUACAAGCCUCAUUCAGGUAAACUCAAGCCGUUUGGAGACAUCCAAGAAAACGCAGCAGCCAACAAGUCACUGAUUGGCAACUCUCAUCAGAAGAAUUACAAACAGACCAAAGUCCAGACACGGGGGGACAGGAGAGCAAAACAUGCCGAAGACCGGAAGCAGAAGAAAGCAAGUAUGCUUGGGGCAAGAAGAGGCCUUGUCAUGAUGUAAAAACAUCGUGCUUGUCUGUAGACGUUUUGUACAGCCUGUUUCUCCAGUGUAAAUAUUUUGACGCUUUCUUUCCUGCAGUCUCUUUUAGUCUGUCAGGAAGCUCUCGUUUUCUGCUUCUAUCUAACCUACCAAACCAUUUCUUUUAGAUUUGACUCAUGGUGUAGUGUUAACACCUUAUAGCUCUCACUGAUGCUUUUUAUGUGUUUUUGUAGAGAAUCGAUAUCCUGUUUUGCUGUAUUUAAAACUGUAAUUUUGUUCUUAUAAUUUGAUGUGCUUUGUUUUUACCUUUUUGGAAAGACCGAUAAAAAGAGUCCCUUGUCUGCGUUCUCCAUUUUUAAGUUUAAGUUUCUUUUGUGGUUUAGUCUGGAUGAUGUAAGGAAAUCUGUUCCACAAAAAAUGUUUAAAAGUCACAUGAGAUGUAUUUUUUUUUAUUGUUCAUGGUUCUGGUUUUAGAUCUGGUUGUUUAACAUCUGUUGGAGGAAAAUGUGUCUCAUACAAGUCUUGGAACAAGAUAAACAACUUUUUAAUUUUUUUAAAGCAGCAAGAUGGUCUCAAUUAAUGUCUUGUAAUAAAAUAUCAUUUUAUAACAA